AUGAAUCAGAACGGCGGUAGUGUAGGAGAUACUCGGAAUAUUUUAAAUGGAUGGUUGAAUGGUGCGUACCGCCCAAUGAAGAGACAAGCCAGCCGAGAAAACGAGAACCCAUCAGAAACCGGAAAGGGCAAGUCUCUCGAAGAGAAAUUAUACGAUUACAUUUAUAAUGCGACGUGGAGCUAUGUAAUGUCGGGUUAUAAUGAAGAGCCACUUGGAAUGAAAGUGUUCGAUGGAAGGCCACCGCGCAUGUGGACGAAGGAGGAGGUUGAUGUCAGUCACACUCUGGAAACUAUGAACGAACCUCUUCCUCGUCACGGUAACUUGGAGAUUGCUGUGCUCACAUCUCAAGUGGGUUGGCCAUACACGUCUUUCCAACCACAAGAAAAAGAUUAUGAUAUCAAUCACAAGAAGGGUGUGGAGUAUGUUUUUAAAAGUGAUGUUUAUAUCCGCAGGGAAACACUGAGGGUGUGGCAUAAGGUUGAGGAACGGCUUAACAAGUGGCUUAUGGGUGAAGUGACUGUCAACCCGAUGUUUCAUGUUCUUAUUGGUACACCUGGUAUUGGUAAAUCGUUUUCCACAGCACCCUUUCUGUUAUACAAACUACUGCAUUAUGAAUCGAGUCAACUUCAGAUUAUCAUAUACGUUGUGAGGGGUAAGGCGUAUGUGUUUCAUAAACCCAAAGGCGGUCGAGCAGGAUAUGUUACGUUUUACAGUAAUUAUGAGCAAGCUUCAACAUAUAUUGACCAUAUAGUCAGAGAUUCAUGUGGCGCAGAGGAUAUCAAGGGAUACCUUAUAUUCGUCGUGGACAAGGACCAUCAUGCUCCAGUGAAACCACCUGUUGAUUUUUCCGGUAUUGCUUUGAGUUUUCCAGACGCCAGACAAUUCCAUGAAUGGUCCAAGCAAAACGGCGCCACACAUAUUUACAUAAACUGUGACACAUUGAAGGAUUUGGAAGCCAUACACAUAUCGAGGUGGGGGAAAAUUGCUCCUGCUUACAAGUGGAGUCCUUCAGAUGCGAAAGAGAAAAUUGAAAGAGAAUGGCAAGAAAUUCAAGCUCGCAUUCGUAUCGUUGGUCCACUGCUUUGUCACAUUGUUGAUUUACGUUCGUACGAAAAGCGUGCUCAAGCAAUGCAAAAUACUAUUUUGAAACUUGAACGUGGAGAUACUGAGUAUUUUCGUUCCGUUAUUCGAAACCGAGCCUUUUGGGAAACACAUGAAGCAUCACACAAGUUGGUGAUGGUUGUUCGAGUGAAGGAAGAGGAUUUUCUCCUGUGUGAUACGUAUCGCUGCAAGCCACUUUCAUCUUGCACGGGGGAAGCUAUUUCAGAUCGACUGAAACCUUUUAUACAGGAAAAGUCUGCUUUAGUAUCUGAACUGCUGUCUAACCGUACCCUUGCUGCUUAUCGUUUCAAGCAGAGUGGCAUUGAAGUAUUGUCACAUGAGGAUGCACUAAUUGAGCUGGCAAAGGAGUUACGGGGCCUCUCACUUUCUGAGGAUCAAAUUCCACAAAGUGUGCUGCAGGUGCUGCAAGAACCAAGACUCAUUGGUCCUUCGAUUGUGGUUCCUGAGGAUGUUCCAAUUGUAGCUGGAACUGAAAUUCAAUACAUGAUUUUGUGCAAGCCGCAAUCAGGAAAUUUCCCAGUUGUUGAUGCGUUUUUUUUUGUUGAGAACCAGAAGACUUUUGUGGGACUACAAUUCACAAUUUCCGAUAAACAAUACUGCAGCACCAGUGGGUUAUUUAAGAUGAAGAAGUAUUUGCGAAGUUACUUCAAACAUUGGGACAAUUUUUCCAAUGAUAUGGUAUGGGAAAUAAUAUAUGUCCAAAGGGUUGACAGUGAAAAAAUUACGAAGCCACAAUGUUGUGAGGGGACAAUCGAAGGUGAAGGACAAAAUAAUAAGGUUGAGGAAAGAUUUUGGAGAGAGAAAGUGCGUCAAUUCUCAGUUUCUCUUAGUAACCACAUUACUGCACUAUACGUUGAAUUGCAAGUAAGAGGUAACAAUAACAAUGGAGUUAACAAUAGAGGUGGUAACAAUGCAUAG